AUGUCAGACGUUAUGGUCAGUAUUUUAUGUUUCAACGUGAUUUGUAGAUUUAUAUGUAAACUAGUGUAACUUUCAAAGCUAAAAUUACUUCUUACGAUGUAGAGCACAAUGACAAUUAUGCUUACUAAGAGGUCAUUCACCUUCCAAGCUGUUAUUGCAAAUUGUUUUUGUAAAUUUUAGUAAAAUGGUGUGAUAACCAUGCACUAACUGUCAUUCUUAUCACACGUUUAAUAUAAAAAGUUUACAUGCAUACCUACAACUAUUUUUAGCCAUUUUUCCUUUACAUAUGACACAUUUUCCAAUAAAAAAUUCAUUUUGUCAAGAUCACGGUACAAAAACGUUAAAUACACAUCAAGAUUACAGUACAACAAGUUUUAUUUUCAGAAAAUGGCGGGUAUCUCACAGACACUGCUGAUCUACACGGGCAUGGUCGGUAUCGUGUAUCUGGGUACGGAUGGAUUCAGAAAGAAUGCGCCAUUUGUCUUCACAUUGCCAGUGGUCGUUCUCGGCUUCAUUACGUUAACAACGCGGAUGCCAAUGAUGCGGAAAGUCUGCACAUCGGCUUCGUUCUUCUUGUUGGGUGAGCCGUUUUUCAUGAUAAGGUUACGCAUUUUCUUUACGAGUGAAUUUAGAAAAUAAAAAUUUCCGCGUAAAAUCACUCCCCCCCCCCUCCCACCCACCUUCUUUACAUAUUACACAGCUUUUCAUAUAACCAUAACAAUUUAGCCGCGGCGCUAUACGAGUGGUCGAUGAGUCCUCGGCGGCUGGAGAUAAACGCCUCUAUCAUUUCGGCCGCUCACAUCUUCUACUUGAUCUCGUUCCUCGGGUGUGUCAAGAAGUGGUGGAAGAGUUUGGCCAUCUGCACGGUUCUCUUUUCUGUCACCUUUUCGUAUAUGGUGUUCGCUGACUUGUUCCGAUCACUACCGUGGGUUGUUGUAGCUUGUGUUGCCGCCCAUUCCUCAAUUGGCGUCACGUUCGUGGCAGCCGGCUCUGUUUGGAAGAAGGGGUCCAAGGUGGCGUUUGCAGAGACGGUAAGUAAAAGCAGGUUUCUUAAUAUAAUGACAUGUAAUCUUAGGUAACACAUAAAUCUAAUUUUGUUGAAUAAUUUUACACGUUGUUAUUGUUAAUUGUGGAGUAAAAUUACAUUACAAUUCAAUGUUUUAGCAAAAUUACAUUACAAACCAAUUUUACAGGCAGCUUUUACUCGUUUCAUCGGCAUCUUCUUCUGCUAUAUUUGUGACGUAGCACUGUUGUCAAACCGUUUUGCCAAACACACACCCCAAUUGGUGUUCUACCUUAACACCACUUACUACGUAUCUCAAUAUCUACUGUACUUUGCAAACGAAAGAGCUUUUUAA